CGAAUGAGGAAGUUUAGAGUUUCGACAUAGUUUAGUGUUUUGAAGGUUUGCCUUCAACGUUGUUAAAUUAAUCUUUUAAAAACAUUCUGGAAGAAAGACAUCUUGGUAGAAUGGGGCGGCUCACCUCAUGUAGUUGGAUUGUCCUCGUCGUAUUGAAUGGCUUAUGGGUGGGCGAGGCUCAAGAAUGUGGUCGACCACCGAUGAUAAACAGGAUUGUUGGAGGUUCGUCAGCAGCUGAGGGUGCUUGGCCGUGGCAGGUGGAUAUUCAGGGUGAGAAAUCAAAACAUGUUUGUGGAGGAACCAUCAUCUCAGAGAACUGGGUCUUGUCUGCUGCACAUUGCUUUCCCAACCCGAAUGAUAUCUCAGGCUACCUCAUCUACGCGGGCCGGCAGCAGCUGAAUGGCUGGAACCCGGAUGAGACCAGCCAUCGUAUCAGUCGAGUGGUGGUUCCUCUGGGUUACACAGACCCUCAGCUGGGUCAGGACAUUGCUCUGGUGGAGCUGGCCACUCCUUUUGUGUACACUGAGCGCAUUCAGCCUGUCUGCCUGCCAUAUGCCAAUGUGGAGUUCACUAGCGACAUGAGAUGUAUGAUCACUGGAUGGGGAGACAUCAGAGAAGGAGUUGCUCUGCAGGGUGUCGGGCCGCUGCAGGAGGUCCAGGUGCCCAUCAUCGACUCUCAGAUUUGUCAGGAUAUGUUUUUGACAAACCCCACAGAGAACAUUGACAUCCGGCUGGACAUGAUGUGUGCAGGUUUCCAGCAGGGGGGCAAAGACUCCUGCCAGGGUGAUUCUGGUGGGCCUCUGGCUUGUCAGAUCAGUGAUGGGAGUUGGGUUCAGGCUGGAAUUGUGAGCUUCGGUCUCGGAUGUGCUGAAGCAAACCGACCUGGAGUUUACGCCAAAGUGUCGAGUUUCACCAAUUUCAUCCAGACCCAUGUUGGAGGAAUCCAGCUGAAGAGCUCAUCCAAUCACAACUGGGCCGACCGCGUCCUGGUGCUCAUCCGGACUCUGACUCUACUAGUGCUGGUACAGCUGCUCAGAUGAACACACACUGACCAAAACAUCAACACCGUCCUGUGUAAAGAGGGAUUUUUAAAGUAGCUUUAAUCAUUUUAAAUGUAGUUUCUUUCAUACUUUAACUUUUAUUACCAAAAAUAAUGAUUUAUUGAAAUGAAACUCUCUUAGCAGCUGCUUUGAUUUAAAAUCCUCCUUUAUCUGUCUCAGAUUUAUAAGUUUAAUUAACUAUGAAAUGUUUCAGUUGCGGAAUGAAACUGUAAAUAUGCAGAUCCACAUGAAAUGCUGUUUGAACAGAUCUAAUGUGAGAUUUGACAAUCGUGAAUAUAAAGCUUAAAUGAGCUAUUUUGCACAGUAAUGUUAUUUACCUUUUAGUUGUAUAUUUGUAUCUGUUGUUAAUCGUUUCUCCUGGAAUUUUGUAAAUAAAAAUUUGUAAUAAAUUUGAUGUUUUUAAAAAAAUA